AUGCUGCGAGAGGCCUACUCGACCUCACUUCACUGUGUCCAAGCGCAAGAAGGAAUGUCGGUUUCCCCAGACGUGAUCGCCAAAAUCGAGGAGGGCUAUCAGGCUGCCCCAGAGUGCCACUCUCUUCUCAAGAAGUACCUCACCAAGGAGGUCGUUGACCAACUCAAGGACAAGAAGACCAAGCUCGGAGCCACUCUUCUCGAUGUGAUCCAAUCUGGAGUCGCCAACUUGGACUCGGGAGUCGGAGUCUACGCCCCAGACGCUGAGGCUUACACUCUCUUCAAGCCACUCUUCGACCCACUGAUCCAGGAUUACCACAACGGAUUCGCCCCAGAUGCCAAGCAGCCAAACACCGAUCUCGGAGAGGGAAAGACUGCUGGACUUCCAGAUCUUGAUCCAGAAGGAAAGUACAUCAACUCCACCAGAAUCCGUUGCGGACGUUCUCUCCAGGGAUACCCAUUCAACCCAUGUCUCACCGAGGCCAACUACCUCGAGAUGGAGUCUGUCAAGGGAAUCUUCGACAACAUCACCGACCCAGAGCUCGCUGGAAAGUACUUCCCACUCGAUGGAAUGACCAAGGAAGUCCAAGACCAACUCAUCAAGGACCACUUCCUCUUCAAGGAGGGAGACAGAUUCCUCCAAGCCGCCAACGCUUGCCGCUAUUGGCCAAAGGGACGUGGAAUCUUCCACAACAACCAGAAGACUUUCCUCAUCUGGUGCAACGAGGAGGACCAUCUCCGUAUCAUCUCCAUGCAAGAGGGAGGAAACGUUGGACAAGUCCUUGAGCGUCUCAUCAAGGGAGUCAAGACCAUCGAGAAGCAGGCUCCAUUCUCCCGCGACGACCGUCUCGGAUGGCUCACCUUCUGCCCAUCCAACUUGGGAACCACCGUCCGCGCUUCCGUCCACAUCCGUCUUCCAAAGAUCUCGGCCAAGCCAGACUUCAAGUCGAUCUGCGAUGGACUCAAGCUCCAAAUUCGUGGAAUUCACGGAGAGCACUCCGAAUCCGAGGGAGGAGUCUACGACAUCUCCAACAAGGCUCGUCUUGGACUCACCGAGUUCGAGGCCGUCAAGCAAAUGUACGACGGAAUUGCCCACCUCAUCGCCCUUGAGAAGGCCGCUUAA